CGUAGCAAAAUUUUGUCAAUUAACAACAGCUGGCCUCGUUAAGUUAAAUAUAGUUAAUUAUUUCCAAUGCUAUGUAGUGAUUAUCAAAUUAUUAAUGUAUUUACUAAAAUUGAAUUCGGUUGUAUGAGGAAGCCGUUGGUACAGUGACACAGUGACGUUAAGAUACAAGACAAUGUCGAUUCCUCCACUUGUUUGCAGUACUCCUCCUCCACCUGACCAGUGCGAAGACGACAAAGACCCUGAAGACUUUGAUUUACAAUAUAAUCUGUCUCAAGAGGAUGACUAUGACUAUGGUAGUUUCUCUACUUAUAAUCAUUUCCAAUCUGCCAUAUCAGUAAAUAAACCAUUGAGUGAACCUAUACAUAUAAAUAAUACAAAUAACGGUGACAGCGGUGGAAUGGUUCAAAAUGCAUGUGAGAAUGAAACAUCAAACUGGACAAAUACUAAUAUAGAAAGUAAAUCAAAUGAUGAUGAACCAAAACAGGAAUUUGGAGUUAACUUACAUAAUGAAACUGAAAUUGAUAGUAUGAAUAAUGAAAAUCAUGAGGCAGUGUUAAAAACAGUAGAUAAUUUAAGUUAUGAAGAGCUACAAACAAACAAAAAGAUAAACAAUGAGGAGGAACUAAAUAUAGAAGACUUAAAUUUAACAGUUGAAGAAGAGUCUGUGGUUUCAGAUAUAAAAUUAGAACCAGAUGAUAAUAAUGCAGAUAUUGAAAAGAGUGAAAGCUCUGAAGAGAAAUCACCUCACAUUCCAGAUGUAACCAGUAUUAUUACUAGCGAUCUCAAUGACAAUUUACCUAUAGAUGAGAUUACAAUCACACCUCCAAGCCUAGAUGAUAACGAUGAUGUUACCAAUUCAAUAGAUGACUUGAAAAUGGAUGAUGAAAAUAUCACUGAUUAUAUAGAUGUUAAAAAUGAAGCAGAAACUGAUCUUAGCUUUAAUAUCAAAGAGGUUGAAACUGUACAAGCUCCUGAAACAAUUAAGGAAGUAUUAACAGAAGUGAACAAUGACACUGAUGAUGAAUUUGGUGAUUUUAAUGACUUCCACACUGCAUCAAACAUCAAACCUCCAAUCACCUCUAUUGUGGAUUCAUGUGAAAAUCCGUGGGAAAACAAUCAGGCUGAUCUUACAGAUCAGAGUCAAAUGCCACAAAGUUCAGAUUUUGGGGCAUUUGAAGCUCAUUUUGAAGAUUCAGAAACAAUUGAAACCCCAGUCUUUGAUGAGUUUAAAUCAGAAGUAGCUAGAAGUGCACCUGAAGGACAAACUUCAAACCAAAAUAUUGUUGAAGAUGAUGAUGACUUUGGAAAUUUUGAUGAUUUUAAAUCAUCAGUACAGGAAACUAAGGACAAUGAUAAUAACAUGCAGGAUCCAUUAACAAGGGUUUUAGACUUCCAAUCAACAGAAAGUGAAAGUCAGUUAAUUGAGAACAUUGGUAAGAUGUUGAGUUCUAUUUUUGAAGAGGAGAUACCGGAGCCGGAGACGGUGUUUGAUGGUAAACUGGAAGGGAUGCUGUGCGAGACAUGGGGGCACCUGCUGGAGACUGAUGUGCGGCAGCCAUACAUAGUCAACUGGAACAGCUCAAUGGGACAGAAAACUCUCUUGAAGGCUUUAUGUAUAGACUCAAGAAACAUUUUAUUUGGUCCAAAGUGGAGCUACAACAUGCCUAAAUAUGCGACAAACAUGAGUGCUGCUCCACUUCAACCUCAGAAGCAACCCACACUGUCAGGUCAGAGCCCUUCGGAGACAACUGAGAAGCAUGUCAAGCCAUCUGGGACCUGGUCUGACCCUUUCACAGCUGAUGGCCAAGAAUUCACCUAUGCCGAAGCCCUACUCCUAGAUUUAGAACACCUCAUGGCCACCCUAGACCAAAUGGCCCACAACCAUUCCACCCUCAAGAUAUCAGAGUUGCUAUCACACGGUAAGUGA